CUGCGGUUCAUGCUAACGGAUGGAGAUGAGUAACACCUGACUCGGUGGCAGAGGAUGGACUUCACCGAGUGUCACGGAGACACCGUGUCCAGUGUCGCUGCUGCGGCCCGGUCCGGCUGCAGGGAGCGGGUGAGGAGGCUGAUAACCGGAGGCCACAGCCUGGACUGUCGGGACAACCGCGGCUGGGUCGCUCUGCACGAGGCUGCAGCCGCUGGAAGUGCAGGAUGUGUGCAGGAGAUUUUAUCUGCUGCCGGCGGAGGCUCCUCACAUGGCUGCCGUGCGUAUGUGAACUCUCAGACACAUGAGGGGGAAUCUGCAUGUUACCUGGCAGCGCAGCGUGGACACCUGGCAGUGGUCCGACUCCUCCUGAAAGCACAUACCAACAUCAACCAGCUAACAAACGACUUGUCCUGUCCUCUGUAUGCAGCUGUAGAUGGCGGACACAAGGAGGUUGUGGAACUGCUGGUUCGUAAAGGUGCAGAAGUCAACAGAACACACACUUCAUCAUGCUGGACCUGCCUUCAUCAAGCUGUUUUCAAGGGUCACAGUGAUAUUGUGCGCACUCUGGUUAAUGUCUGCAACCUGGAGGCACUAGACGACCACAAUAUCUCGCCUCUCUUUGUGGCUGCUCAGUAUGGACAGCAGGAAUCCCUUGAAAUUCUCAUUAAUGCAGGUGCCAAUGUGAACAUCCAGGCAGCUGAUCUAGCCACACCCCUGCUGAUCGCCUCUCAGGAGGGCCACCAGGCAUGUGUGGAUUUGUUGUUGGACCAUGGGGCCGAUCCUAACCAAGACUGCAGUAAUAACUGGCCGCAGCUUCCCAUUCAUGCUGCUGCUGAGUUUGGUCAUAUCGG